AUGGCUCUUCGACUCACUCUCUCGCUUCUCACUGCGCUGGUUGCGGCGGAACCCGUGCUCUUCGAGCCCAAUCCUUUCGCCGGUGGACAGCUACGGGGCCAGGCAGAGGACAUGGAUCCUUUCGGUGACGCCGAAGAGCCUGGCCGAAGUGACAAGUGGUUGAGGGACAUCAGCACCCGGACCAAGAACCACUUCAAAAAGCUGCUGCAGCCACUUCAAACUCCGAUAGUGCAGGAGUACCAGGUGUUGACCAUAUUGAACGGAUAUGUCAACUACACGAUGCAGCUGGUUUCAAACGCCACGGGCCAUGAUGUCGUCUGGAACCGCACAGGCCGUUUUCUUUCCGAAGAGCCUCGAGCUUUGGCGCCUCGGAAGCAGGAGCUACCCCCCAGGGCAAGGUACAUCAACAAGAUCCUGAUCUACCUGAACAAGGAGAUGGAAGUAGUGUGGAAUCUCAAGACGAUCGUGGACAGAAAGCGCUGGGGUGUCGGAAAUGUCAUCACAUCCUCGCCUUAUGGCCCGCACGGUGAGCACCCAGAGCGCUGGCGUGCAAACGGUUCAUUUCCUCUUCCCGCCGCGGCCCCGAACAACACCAUCCUCCUUCAGGACCAGAAAAUCGACCUGGUGAUCCGCAUCAAGCCGGACAUUGAAGAGCACGAGAAUAAGUAUGCAAACCAGCUCCAGGCUGACUACGAGUCCUUGGUCCACAACAUCAACGACGCCAGUCAGAAAAUCAGCGAUCUCCGGACCAGGCUCUGGAAGAUGGAAGACUUUGCAAAGCAGUUUAUCGCCCUCCCCUCCGGCGUGUGGAACAAGAUCGAUGCGAACUGUCCUGAGGCUACGCCGUGGAAAGCACGGAAUGCUUACGUAAGCCGAGCCAUGAACCUCGGCCAAUUGAUCAAGACGGCCCGUUGUCUGGGCGUGGUGUCUUUCGUCGUAACCUCGGCGGCCUGGUCGGCACUGAACGGCCGAGCCGCUGCGGUGUCAGACGGCUGGAUGUACUUCGCCAGCUUUCACCGGACAGAGAGUGCCCCUAAGGCCCUCCGCGCUCUGAAGCAGCGAGGCCUCCGCCUCAUCGCUGCAGAGGACUUUUUCGAACGGCCCGCUGCAGUGGAAAGUCAGAAGCGGGCAGAGGACUGGGCCUUGGCGAGGAGCUUAGAGCGGACAGAGGUUGAUUCUUUCGAUUGUCAGUACAGUUGUGAAUUUCUGAUCGAUGGGUCAUCCGCAAACAUGGGCUUCGGGCAGAGCACGCUAGAUCCUGGACGUGUUGACAUGUUCCUGCAAGUCCAGCAUAGGUUGAACGCUCCCAUCAAAGAGAUUAAAGAAGACUUCGGUACGGCAUUGUGGUUGCAGCUUCUAAUCGCUUUUCAGAACGACCGGCAGUGUGCCAUCGAGUCGCAAGAGUUGCGCCUGCUUGCGCACAUGGUUUUCAAGUUGCAGCAUGAAAGCCAUCGUGCGAUAAUCUGCCUUUCUCGAAUGCGCAGCUGCAAUCCAUCGUUCUGCGACGCCGCGACCUCGCCAAUGUUGCUAGCUGCCCAGGAAACUCACAGGUUCCACUUUUUGCCCAAGGGCAAGUCUAGAGCGGAGUCCAUCUCGGGAAACUUUACAACCAGCGUUUUCGCAGUCUUGCCAGCUUUGUUGUCAUUCCUCCUGAAGAUCGAUUGGAAAACCGCCGAUGACAGGAUUGUCAAGUGCCGCAAGACUCUUGAGUCAGGUGCCAAGAUGACUUGCCACACCUGCCGCGCUUGCAACCGCUGUGCUCGUUUGAGUGUUCUCCAAGCGUCUCCCUGCUCAGCUGCCAACAAAACAAGCGGCGUCAGCAGUGCCACGACCUUCGAGAGCAGAGGAAACUUACGCCUGCGGGCCCUCCAGGAGGAAGCCAAGAAAUUUGAGACAGCAGAAGACCAUUACUCAUUGAAGCAAGAGGCCCUCAGUGUCUGUGCUGCGUCUCGCAGUUGGCGCUCUGCGCUGGAGCUCCUCAGAUGCAGCCCGGGGCUGCAGAAGGACAUCAUCACCCAGAAUGCGGCCACGACAUCCUGUGAGAAGGCCUCCAGGUGGCAGCUCUGUCAAGACCUUCUCUGCGCUUCCGGCCGCGAUGCCCUCCGCCGGGAUGCAGCGAGCUUUAACGCUGCCGCGUCGCCGGCGCCAUGGCUCGUCGCCAUGGAGGUCCUCAGGGAGAUGGCGGCCUCUGGAGUGCAGAGGACCGCGGUUACCUCCACUAUUGAGUUGGCACCCCUCGCGGCAGAGGCCAUGUGGCAGCGCGCCACGGUGUCGUUUCGGGUCCAAGAAGUCGCAAGGAGCCAGCUCCAUGUGAAUGCAGUCAUCAGCAGCUAUGCCGAGUCGGGCAGGUGGCUUCUCGCUCUGCAUUUGCUGGACAAGGCGGACCUGGUGGGCCUCAACUCGGCCCUCGCUGCCUGCGACGUCUCGGCAGCUUGGGACCAGGCUCUGUCAUUCCUGGAAGCUUGGGAAAGGUACCGGCUGAGGCCGGAUACCAUCUCCUUCAACACACUCAUGAGCGCCUCGGGCUCAGCCAACAACUGGGCUGCUGCAGCCGCGGCUGUGGCGGCCCUCACAGUUUCGGGCGGCCAGGCCACUACCGUGUCCCUCAAUUCGCUGCUUAGCGCCUGCGAGAGCGCGGCCGCUUGGGCGUCGGCUCUCGCAGCUUUGAGCACGGCAAGCAGCGAUGAUAUGCGCUGCGACGCGAUCAGCCUCAACUCGGUGUCGAGCGCUGCCGCAGAAGAGGAGCAGGGUGACUGGCGCCGAGCGCGGAGCAUGCUCAAGGAUUACCAGGAGCUCGGUUUGCAAAGGUCGAUCGUCUCCUUUGGUUCGGCUCUGGGACCGUGGGCCACUGCCAUUGCCUUGCUCAUGGCGGCAGCAGCGGCCCACGUUCGCAGGAGUGCCAUCGCACAGCGUGCUGCGCUCGCUGCGACAGCGGCUGAAGGCCAGUGGCGGGCAACCUUGGAGUUGCUACCAGGCGCCCGGGACGUGAGAGGAUUCAGCUCGGCCGUCGACGCCGCUGCGAAGGCGAUGCUUUGGAAGUUGUCCUUCAGCCUUCUAGCUUCCAUGGCACUCGCCCAGGUACAAGCCGGUGACAUCGCCUACCAUGCCUGCGUUGGAAGCUGCGAGAAAGCCGGUCAAUGGGCGGCAGUGCUACAGCUGGAGGCGGCGAUGUUCGCUGCUGGUUUGCCCGUGAACAGGACUGGUCUGGCUCUGGGUGGUGUUGAGGGAGACAAGAAAUUUGCCGAUUGA